CUUUUUUAUUUUUAUGUCAUUUAACUGACAAAAACGACAUUUCAUUAUAAGAUUUGAUUUUGUAAUUUUAUUAAUCUAUUUAUAUAGAUUUUUUCAUCUCUUUGUUAUUCCACAUCCACAAAUAUUUAAAUCAUGGCCGGACGCGGUGGUAAAAAGGAAUUGGAUCCUGAGGAACUUAUGAAACGAAAAUUUCACAUGAAAUGUCUCUUCAAAGCAUUAGGUCGUUUAGUAAUGGCCAAUGCUUAUUGGCUUAUUGAAGGGGUAGACCAAUAUGAAGGAAUAGAUGAUGUCAAACGGAGAGUUGAACAAGCUGUUCGCAGUAAGGCCAAGAAGAAACAACUCCUGUCUAUAAAUGAUAAAGCACUCUUAAACAAACCAGCUAUGGAUCGCACAGACCAUGAAAAAAAGUAUAUUUUUCGUAUUAUUGGUGGUCUUAAAUGUUUUAAACGAUAUCCAAAUCACGUUAAAAAGAAGCUAGCGGCUGUGACGUAUUUUAAAUACUAUGGUCCAGGACGUACAAUAGUCCGUCAGCACCAUGAGGCACAUGCGUUGUACUUCAUAAUAAGCGGUGACGUCAUCGUCAGUCAGAUGAUUUUUGAUGAGUUACUCCAAAAGUACCUGUCAGUUGAUGUGGGUGUCAUGCAUCCCGGCGAUAUGUUUGGAGAAGUUUCCCUGCUCCAUAACAUACCAAGAACUGCUACUGUUACAACUGCUGAUCACUGUGAAUUAUUGGCUCUAAUGAAGGAGGACUUCAAAAAUGUCCUCCAGGCUUCGGUACAAAAACAGUGGGAUGAGGUUCGACGGGCUAUGUCAGCUUUUACCUACUUCGAUGGUCUAGACGAGGUCGCUCGACGCGAAGGUUGCAUAGUUGCCAAGAUGAAAUCUUACGAAGCAAAUGAAACGCUUCUCGGAGAUGGCGUGGGUGUUGCCAAUUUCGUUUAUUUUGUUCUGUCAGGAAGAUGUCAGAUGAUAGAAUCUUUACAAGUUACUGUCACUACGCGGCUGGGAAAAAAUUACUAUGCUUUAUAUGAUCCUUACGUGCCAAAAGAAGAAAGUGAGCAAGAUUUUGACACUAAGUAUUUUGGGGCUUACACUAAGAAUAAUAGAGAAGGACAGGACUCGAUAACCCAUGAAAGUGCCGAGGGGUCAAGUAGAAGUAUUAUGAAAACAUCCACGUCAAACACAAGAAGAGACUCUACGAAAGUGAUCAAACUAGCCAGCGAUGAAAGAACAGAGUCAGUUCCGAGCACAUCUGCUGAUGAAGAAAUUAUAAGACGCAGUAAGAUCAGCGUGGAUUUUAAUAUUCCAAGUGAUUCCAAAUCUCAAGAGCUUUUGAGACCAUCGCUGCAAAGGUCACAACGAGAAUCUGUUAGACUAAGCGUGAUUCCUGAAGAUGUCCAAGCUGGAUUACGACCGCCUCCAAACACUCGCACUUACUUUAUGCAGGUGUGUCAAUUAAACCCAGGUUCCAGUUUUGGUUUUGGUGAGAACAUGCGUGAUCGUCGCAUAGUCGCACUAACGCCUGUAAAUUGCAUGCUCUUACCUAUGAUUUGGCUCUUACAAAGGAACACUGCCAAUAUUUGGUCUAGGAUUCAACAUUACUUGGAGAAGAAGAUACCAAAUAAGAAACAGCUGUUCAAAGAGUUUGUAGCCGCUCGUCGCUGGCAGGAGUUCCGUGAACAGCUUGUGGAGGACGUCGUUGCGCGCUCCAACACCGUCAACUGGACAUCUGUCCACGACGUGCCUUACUCCAUACGGAUGGAGGAAAUGCUUGACAUAUAAUGUUUUAAAUAAAAUUUAUUGUUGUUUUAUUUAAUUACAGUUGAUUAUUAUUCCGCGCAGAAACGACACAAAAGCUACUACUACUCUUAUACAUAAAUAUAAAACAGCAAGUCCAGAAAAUGUUUUCCGUUAGAUUAAAUUAUUUGUGAAUAUAUUCAUAUAUAAUUUAAUUAGUAUUCCGAUAAAAAAAUAUUAUUCAUUCCAGACAAACUUUUUAUAAUAUUAGUCCGCAUUAUUCUCGCUUCAAUAAAAGACUGUCGGGAAGGAAAAUUUUUGCUCAUUUCCUGGAAUGUGUUCAUUUGUUUGAAAGAAAAGGAACCUAAAAAUACGAAGUUUUAGUUUUAGAUGUUUUUUUAAGUCUUAUGAUUAUAUUUUAUCUUUUGUAUGUAAUGUAACAGCUUUAAGCAAAAAAAAACUACUAUUCUUAAGGAUUUAAACGGUGAUGUUUAUUUAUUUGGUAAUUUAUUCGAUGUUUUUUGUCGCAAUUACUUUAAAGACAUUAAUCAUCGUAAUGGAAUUAAAAGAACCAUGUUUCGUUGUUCUUUCGUGUAAACAUUUUCUACAAAUAUUGAGUAAUUUCGUAUUAAGGCAAACCUUCACCUAAUUAUGGUUUAAUAUGUACAAUUUAUUAUUAUAAGAAAAUUUUAAAUAACAAUUAUGUCACGUUAUUGACGAUAUUACUCCGUAUCCUAAAAUGGCAAUGUGAUUCAGAGAUUUAUUUUCUUCCUUUAUAACUCAUUUAGCGGAGGCGUAAGACCUCGAAUGAAACGAGCUUAUGCCAAAUUAUAUGUAAUCAAUUCCGCAAUGUUUUUAUUAUUUCUUGUUAUGAAUUUAAAAAGUUAUUGAAUGUAUUGUUUUUCAUAUAUUAAAGAAAUAAAAAUGAUAGUUAGAUCUAUCUCGA